AUGAGUCCUGAACCUCACCAAUCAGAAUCAGAGAGCUCAUUCUCAUCAUCUUCAUCCUCACCAUCCUCAUCUGGGUUAACUCAGUCACCUCCAAACUCAGUCUCAAAGUCGUUAAACCAACCAAACCCACGAAACCCAGAAGCCAAGAAGAUCAAGAAACUCCGAGACAGUAGCAAAAACCCAGUUUAUCGCGGUGUCCGGAUGAGAAACUGGGGCAAAUGGGUUUCUGAAAUUCGUGAACCUCGCAAGAAAUCUCGGAUAUGGCUCGGUACUUUCCCUACGCCAGAAAUGGCAGCUCGAGCUCAUGACGUAGCUGCAUUGAACAUCAAGGGUAACUCAGCGAUUCUGAACUUUCCUGAACUCGCUGCGUCUUUGCCUCGGCCUGUUACUCUUUCUCCUCGUGACGUUCAAGCCGCUGCAGCUAAAGCAGCUGCAAUGGACAAGUUCGAGUCUCCAUUAUCGUCUUCUUCACUGUCAUCACUGGUUUCGGCUAAUGAUUUGUCAAGUUCGGAGGAAUUAAGUGAAAUCGUUGUGUUGCCGAGUCUAGGGACGAGUUUUGACUCGCUGGAGUUGAAUAGUGACUUUGUCUAUGUUGACUCUGUUGAUGGGUGGCUUUAUCCUCCUCCAUGGUUGAAGUGUGUGGAAGAAAGUGGGGGCUUUUCCGAUCAGAUGUCGUCGCCGGAGAGUGUUGUUUCUAGUAGUUUUGAAUCUUUGUUGUGGAACUACUAG